GAAGGAGAAGGGAAGGAGGGAGAAACCCCGUUGUGCAUGAGCUAGCUUACUCAAAGCCACGGCGCGCAGCAGCUAGCAGUCCACAGUGUGCACGCCGUCAUAUCCAAUAUAACUUACACUGUAGUAUAGUUGCUUAUGUUUUAGACGGAGCGCGUUGGCUCUCGGAAGGAAUCGACUCUCUCGUUGGUGGCCGGAACACUUGUUGGCAAGCGCUAGCCAAGAAACAACCGACUGCAACGGCUGUUGCGCCUAUCGCCAUUUUGCGCAUUCAACAGCCCGAGACGUUCGCCAGCAGCAAGCAUGGCAGAGGCGGACCGACCGGGGAAGCUCUUCAUCGGUGGACUGAACACGGAGACCACCGAGAAGGCCCUGGACCAGUACUUCAGCAAAUAUGGCAGGAUCGUCGAAGUGAUUUUGAUGAAGGACCGCGAAACAAACAAAUCGAGGGGAUUUGCCUUUGUUACCUUUGAGAGUCCAGCCGACGCAAAGGAUGCGGCGCGCGAGAUGAACGGAAAGUCUCUCGAUGGUAAGCCUAUCAAAGUGGAGCAAGCCACCAAGCCACAGUUUGAGAGUGGCAGCAGGCGAGGCUCUCAAACCAUGUACCCCCGCAGUCGUCCGCCCAGAGGCCCCAGAGGUUCUCGUGGAAGUCUUGGUGGUAUGAGGGGCCCACCUUCCAGAGACUACUAUGAUUCAGGGAGUUCAGAACCCUUCUUUAAAGGGAUGUCAUCCAGAGGCCCCCCUUCACUGAAGAGAGGGCCCCCAGUACGUAACGGAGGCCCUCCACCAAAGAGGUCUGCUCCAUCUGGUCCUAUGAGCCGAACACCCAUGUCAAGAGACAGGGAUCCAUAUGGUCCACCACCUCCUCGCAGAGACUCCAUGAUGUCCAGGAGGGAUGAUUAUCCAUCACCACGAGAUGACCAUUACAACUCAAAAGACAGCUACUCCAGUCGGGAUUAUAAUUCCAGAGAUUCAAGGGAUUAUGGACCUCCUCCCAGAGAUUACUCGUACAGAGAAUACUCAAAUUCCAGUUCCAGAGAUGACUAUGGCUCAAUGUCAAGAGGAUACAGUGACCGUGAUGGUUAUGGGGGAGGCCGGGAACCCAGAAGUUAUACUGACCGUCCGAGCGGUGGCUCCUAUCGAGAUUCAUAUGAUGGUUAUGGUAACUCUCGCAGCGCCCCACCUUCUCGGGGCCCCCCACCCUCCUAUGGUGGGAGCAGUGGAAGCAGUCGUUAUGAUGACUAUGGCAGCAGUUCCCGGGAUGGCUAUGGCAGUCGUGACAGUUAUCCCAGCAGUCGGAGUGACACGUAUCCACCUAGCCGUGGUGAGCGAAUGGGCAGGCAGGAGAGGGGCCCAGCCCCCCCUGUUGAGAGAGGCUACCCUCCUCGUGAUUCGUACAGCAGCUCAAGUCGUGGAGGGCCACGCGGGGGCCGUGGGGGCAAUCGAGCCGAUAGAGGAAUGGCUCGCAGCAGAUACUGAACUGGACUUGGAAAUCGCAUCAAAGCAAACGUUGGUCUCCGUGCACAGUAAACACGUGUUUUGGAAGAAAUCUGACGAGACAAACUAGCCAUGUCUAAAUCUGUGGAGUAUGAAGCCUAGCUUUGAACUGUAUCUUGACUUUCCCAAUUUUUUUAUGUGUAAAAGGUUUUUUUGUUUUUGUUUUUUUAGUAUUUCUCUUACUCAUGUAACAGUACAGUUACCAAGUGAGUGUUAGUUUUUGUACAUUCAGUGCUGUUGGAAUCUGCAAUGCCCUAUACGUCUGGCUACCCUAAUAAAGCUUUUAGUUCUACCUUGA